AAAGUGCUGCACUGAUUGCUUUACUAUGUGUUUUGGUGUAAUAUUGAAUUAUGAUAAUUAUGGUGCAUUUUUGAAGCAGUGUUGCUGUUUUUUUAAUAAAAUGGGAUCCAAAGUAGCUUUUUUUUUUCUUCUUCAGGAUUUUAUUAACAAGUAAGAAAAGUUGUGCUUCAUUGUAGAAUGAUGCAUGACACUUAGCAAAAUAUGAUGGAAAAUAUAAACAUGGAUUCUUCUCCUCAUGAUCCCUGUCCUCAGGCGAAAUAUGAAACAUGUUAUUUUAUUUAUGUUUAGUGAAGCUGAUAAAAUUUCAGUCAGUACUCUUAUAUGAUCCUUCACGAUAAUAUUAUUAAUCAUUUGUUUAAUAAUUUGGGCAAAUUAAGGUCUAGUAACUCAUCCUGUUACACAGUGGCCCCAAAAGUAUUUGGUCAUAUUUAAAAAUGUCUAAUAUCAUUGCAUUGUUAACAAAAUAUUAAACCAAGUGGCAUCUGCAAACAAAUAUUGUUUUGCCAUCUGAAUUGAUAUUUUGUUAUAUAAUGCAAAUCCAUUCAUACAUUUACAUUCGAUUUAAAUAAAUUUUUACAUGUUAACUGUGAAUAUUAUAAAUAAUAACCUGUAACUAAGGAUUCUUAUUAGCAACCUGUAUGUGUAGCUUUGAGAAUGACCAUACAUUUUAUUUUUUUAUUUAUUAUAAUUUAAUAAUUUAUUCAUUAUUUUUUAUUAUUAUUAUAUUUUGUUACAUUUCUCUGCUCUCUCCUUGCUUUUUAUUCUUGUUUGAUCUUAUAAAUGUCUGGUUUCAAGGAAUGUUUGUCUUCAUGAGAGAAAAGAGAAUGUCUCCAUUUCAAUUUUUAAACAAUUAAGUAUUGCUUAGUGUUUAUGUAUAACAUUUAUACUUAUUUAUUAUAUAAAUGUUAAACAUAACAUUUAUUUAUUCAAUAACUACUGCUCUUUUUUUUUUUUUCAUCCUCACUUCAUCUCCGAUUUCUGCUAUUUCACGGCUUCCUCUGUCAACCUCUCAGUCAGUUAUGGGUGUGAGACAAAACUGCUGACAGUUUUGAAUACCAGACAAACCGGAUGUCUUCUGACGGGAUCUGGUAAAUAGACUUGAUCCAGUAUUCCUGGAGUAAAGAUUCGAUCUAACAUUUUAUUUUGGUCAGCAGUAUAUCGACACGAUCUAACAACUAUACAUAUAUACUUGUAUAUUUAAAAGUUAAUUUUGUUACUGUUUUGGGAUCACUAUAAAUGUGCCUGAUUGCAGUUGACCCAAUACUGCCACCUACUGAAGAUUAAAAGUUCUCAAUCAUGCUCUAAAUACUUAAAGGAUUAGUCCACUUUCAAAUAAAAAUUUCCUGAUAAUUUACUCACCCCCAUGUCAUCCAAGAUGUCCAUGUCCUUCUUUCUUCAGUCCAAAAGAAAUUAAGGUUUUUGAUGAAAACAUUCGAGGAUUUUUCUCCUUAUAGUGGACUUCACUGGUCUCCAAACAGUUGAAGGUCAAAAUUACAGUUUUAGUGCAGCUUCAAAGGGCUUUAAACGAUCCCAGACGAGGAAUAAGGGUCUUAUCUAGCUAAACGAUUGGUCAUUUUCUAAAAAAAAAAAAAAAAAAAAAAUGUAUAUGCUCUAUAGGCACAAAUGAUAGCAUCACAAGUGCUUCCACCAGAACGCGAUUCCGUAUUGUUCAAAAAGCUUACGCUAAAUGUCCUACGCCUUCCCUCACAGACAUUAUAAUAAACACCUUCCCUAUUCAACUUACGGAACGAACGCGGCGCCAGUUCCGUUUUUUCCGUAAGUUGAAUAGGGAAGGCGUAGGACAUUUAGUGUAAGCUUUUUAAAGAAUACGGAAUCGCGUUCUGUUGGAAGCACUUGUGAUGCGAUCAUUUGUGCCUAUAAAGAUAUAUUUUGAUUUUUUUUUUUUUUUUUUUUAUUUAGAAAAUGACCGAUCGUUUCGCUAGAUAAGACCCUUAUUCCUCAUCUGGUAUUGUUUUGCCCUUUGAAGCUGCACUAAAACUGUAAUUUUGACCUUCAACCGUUUGGAGACCUUUGAAGUCCAAAUAAGGAGAAAAAUCCUGGAAUGUUUUCAUUAAAAACCUUAAUUUCUUUUCGACUGAAGAAAGAAGGACAUGGACAUCUUGGAUGACAUGGGGGUGAGUAUAUUAUCAGGAAUUUUUUUAUUUGAAAGUGAACUAUUCCUUUAAUAUCAAAAAAGAUGUGGAGGGUUCAGUAAGCGUCCUAAAAUGUGUUAAACCACUUUGACAUCUCCAAAUAACUUGAGUGAGCAACAUAGAGACCCUGCUACAAUGGUUGUCUUGGAAAACAUUUAAUAAUUAAUGUCUCCACAACAAAUUGAAAAGUCCCUGACCCCCCUUUGCCUUUGUGUUUGGACAAGAACGUAGCAAGAAUACAAGGUAAAAUAAUUGUAUGAUUUUAUGUAUAAAAUACGUAUGUAUAUAUUACAUAACUCAAUGUAAAAUAAUAUAUCUUAUACAUCUAUUAAUUUGAACGAUAUUGGAGGGAAUUAUGGAGAGGCGCAUUUCACCAGCAUCAUUAUGACAAAAAAAAAAGAAUUGUGACAUCAUAGAUGCUUCGAUGCAGGAGAGAGAUUUGGUGAGUGAGCUGCUUUAACCCUUUGAGCGGUACGGUCCCACAUAUGGGAUUUUUAUUUCUGUGCCUCUGGGCAUACGGUCCCACAUAAUGGGACAUAAUGUUUUUUUUUUUUUUUUUUUUUAAGGUUUCAGACAUUUAAAUACGCAUAAGCACCAGUAAAACAAUACAUUUAGAAUUUAUAAAAUACACACUGAUGUCAGACAUCAGUGGAAGCAGCAAUAACAAUCCAUUCAAAUAUAAUUUGCCGACAUUUAUUCAUGUCAGACACACAUAAUGGGCCUAAGUAACUAUAAAGUUUACUCUAUUAUUCUUCCAGUUCACCAGCCACUUACUUGCAUGUACUUUGGGAGAAACUGAUGAAUUCACGUGCUGUAAAUCCGACUGACAGGACUCUGCGAACUGCAGCGCAAACUAAGAUGGCGGCGCCCAUCUCGCAUUAUAGAUCAAGAUAAAGAUCAUUUAUAAAGGUUUUAAAAAGACAAAACAAACUCACUUACACAUAUUUGAGAAUCGGAAUAUCAGAUAGUUGAUGACAUGGUAAGCAAGUCUGUGAAUACUUUAAAUAAAAAAGGAUAAACAAAAUAAUAGCGAUUCAUCCGUCAUACAGUGUUAUUGUGGCUGCGUUCAGCGCACGUGACACGCAUGACGCGUCGCCAUGGAAACAGUAAGGGCAAACGUUCUAAAAUAACGGUCGCCUUAAAAAAAACUCACUCUAGGGGGGUCAGUUAAUAUUUUAAACUUCACGCUCAAUAGAUUUCAAUCGUACAUUUUUGCUUUUUAAAAUCUCCAAAAACGUUCUAGGUUUACUUGCUCGUGACGCUAUGAAGAUGAUUCAGUCGAGGAUUUCAAAUGUACCAUUUUUGGAUGGAGCAAACGACAUGUAUAUAACAACUAACAAGAGCAACUUUAAAUUAGCGGACAACAUCGCCAUGCAGAAAAGAGAUAUUAUCCGUCAGCCUGUCUCAGAACAUUUACAGCGUGAAGACCACAAUGACCUGGGAAUGUACCAGACAGAGACAGCGCUGUCCUUCCCAUCCCAUUCACCAGUACAUGUCAUCCAGCAAGUGUUAACCCACCUCACGAUGCAAAGCACCAACAUUAAAAUGCAUUCUGGGAACAGCUGUGGAGACUUUGAGACCACUCAAUCAGACUUCAAGACCCUGCCGAUGUCUGCAGCCCAACUAAUUCGUCCCACCACUGCAGUCAGGAUAGCUCUGCCGGGGAGCAAAUGUCCUGAAAGUACGUACAGAUCCAGUUACACCGAACAUGAAGUGUCCCCAGUCCUCAGGGCACAGGAAACGCUGAACACAGGUGUCGGUUCAAGUCUGAACGAGGACAAAAGGGACCAAUUCAGCUCCAGUUAUCGUAAGCAGUUCAAGUACAGAUGGUGUCCUACUCCUUCUCCUUCUGAGUCCUCGAAGAAGGUAAUUCUACAGUGGCUUCAGAGAGUGCCAGUAAUGUUGCAGUUCAAAAACAUCUUUCUUCUUCUUUCAUUUUCUUUUAUUCAGCAACGAAUCCAGUAUUCAUCUGUAGCAAUGGGAGACCGAGAAAAGAUACUGAACAAACAAACAACAUACUCCACCUCUUUCAGUGAAUCAGGUGCCCACAGCUUUGCUAAAUUCAGGGAAUAUCUGCUUCCCAAGAUAAAUAAAUCUCGGCCCUUCAACCUUCGGGAACUUGCUGAUGAAAAAUGGAUAACAACCUCAUCUGAGGAAUUUCGUGCACAUAAAUGUGGCCCUAUUCACCUAGAGCGCAGAAGUCCGACCCUCAGCUUUGUGUUCAAAGGAGAGAUGCUUAAAGGCAACCAAGAAAGACUGUCAACAACAAACCAGAGCUUCUUCCCAAAGAUAGACCGCGCGCAGUUCCCAGUGCAUGUGAAUGGUGCCAGUAUCAGGACUUUGAGCAAUGUAAAAUUCGGGUGGCCUGAUCUGGCUGGAAGAUUCUACAGCACAACAUCACAGGAGCAGUUCCCAUCAAAAGAGGUGGUCCGUCCCAAGCCACCCAUCUACCCACCUAGCUAUGUGCUGCUUGAGCAAGCACCAGAUCGGAUGCUUACAACUGUGCAAAAAGAUUUUGUCCCCUUGAACUCUAGAAGACAGGAAUUGAGCCCUAGCCAGCUUCAGCAGGUUAAAGACAGUCAUAUCAGGCCCCAGCACAGCAAACAUGACUUCAGGACAACCCACAAUGAAGCUUUUGUGCCCAAGCCCUGUUGCAAGGCAUCCCUGGACAACCCACCCCUACAACACAUCAGCCAUAUGCCGUUUUAAGUCGAAAAACAUAUAAAUUAGAAAAAAAGGUCUCGCUCUAAACAAAUGUUUAACGGUUUUAGCACAGGAAAAUUAGCUGAAAUCCUUCCUCAGCCUAUAUGCCAGUCUGUGAGUAUUAUCAGGUGUUUGACCUUAAACACAAUCCACAAAAUCCAGCUCAACUCCAUCAUACAAUAAGAGCAAAUAGAAACAAAUACUAUUUGUUAUUAUUUAUUGAUGAACUUGAUUUUGUUGAAAUAUGUUUUUGAUCGCAGACUACCAUACAGGGAUAUUUGUUUAGAGUGCAGAUCUUUUUUUGCUUUUGACUUUAAACAUUAAAAACUUUUAAAGCAUCACUUUUGUCUAUGUAUGCUCUUAAAAGACAAGGUUCUAUAUAGAACCUUAAAGGUUCUUGUCAGUUCCUUCAUAUAUAGAACCUUUUUAGGAUUCCCAUUAUGGAAUCAUUUUAUUGAUUUAGUUUAAUUCAUUUUAAUUUUAUUAGAUUUUAUGAAUUAUACAGCUCGUAAACACUUUAUCACUAGAAAAAAAAUAACCCAUUGAAUAUAAAAGUAUUAUGAAUUAUUAAGUAUUACUCUAUAGGGUUCAUUUUCUACAUAGAACCUUUUCUUCUAAGAGUGAUAUGUCCUGUGAAAAUCACAUCAGAAUUUGGCACACAACAUCAUUACCUCCAUAACUAUGAGUGAAAAAUUCUUAUCAGCAUAAAAGAGCACUUUGAGGUGUGUUAUGACAACAGAACAUGUCCUAUACAGAUCAAAUGUGUGUAUGUGGAAGCUCAAGGUUAAAUGGCAGUCUGGAGCUCAUGGUAUUAAUGACUACAAGAAGUGUUUUGAAGAAGUGUUUUGGGGCAGUAAUAGUUAGAGAGUCGAACUUGAAACCCAAAGGUUGUGAGUUCGAGUCUCAGUACCGGCAGGAAGUGAAUGAACGGCGCUCAUUGAGCAAGGCACCUAACCCACAAUCGCUCUCUGGCCACAGCAAAAAACAAAACAAAAUAGCUGCCCACUGCUCCUGGUGUGUGUGCACUUGGAUGGGUGAAAUGCAGAGCACAAAUUUACCAUACUUGGCUACACGUCACGUCACUAAGUGUGUCAGACGGUGACUAACUCACUGACCUCACACAGCACAUUUGGACCAUUUAAGGCAUGUGCAAAAUAUCAUGGUAGAGUGCCAGAGGUUACCCAUUUAAACAUAAUGCUGUCUGCCAGUGCGUAGCCUCUCCAUGCAGGUCUGUGUUUGUGUACUGAAGUGGCAUGAUCCUCUACCUGCACCUUAUUUAAACAGAGCCUGUGUGUUAUCAAACCAUAUGUUGGAGUAAUGGUGCCGUGUCGAAUUCAGCCUUGCAUUCUCACACUCAAACACAAAAUCUGCUCCUGUUACAAGUUGUAACCUUGAACUUAAGCUUUUUGGUGUUUAUGCAAACACCAAUUCAACAUUUCAUUUUGAGUGAUGUUUGAUCCUUUGACAUGUCUGGUAUUACAUCUUAUUGCCUUUGCAAAUCAAAACAGUUAAGAAUAUUGUCAUUAUCAUGUCAUAUCAUGUAUGUGUGGCGGCCGGGGUCCAAAAUAUUAAGACAAUAUUAAAAGGGUCCUUCUACUUUGUAUGUUUAUAAUUUAGUAAAAUUGUUUUCGUUAUAAAUUAUAUUAUCAGCAUAACAAUUUAAAUGUAAAAAGAAUUUUACUGUUGUAUUUGUUGUAUGUGUAUUUCAGUGUUUAGUAGGCUGUUUGAUUUUGUCUCUCUACUCGUGCUGCUUUUUUUGUUUAGACUGAGACCUUUGAAAUAGGGCAGAAUAUUAAAUAGCCUAUUUUUAA